UCAAAAAGAUAUGGAUAGCAAAGUGGAUGAAGACCAGCCUUUGACUGCAAGUAACCAGUACCCUAAAGAAGCAGUGAGGAAACGCCAGAAUUCGGGUCGAGGUUCCAGGGGCAGCGACUCUUCCAGGACCUCCAGGAAAAGCUUCAGGCUGGACUACAGGUUAGAAGAAGAUGUAACUAAGUCAAAGAGGGGCAAAGAUGGGAGAUUUGUCAACCCGUGGCCAACAUGGAAAUCGCCAACUUUGCCAAAUAUCUUGAAGUGGUCCCUCAUGGAAAAAAAUAACAGCAACGUGCCAUGCUCAAAGCAGGAACUUGAUAAAGAGCUUCCUGUAUUAAAACCUUACUUUGUUCAAAAGCCAGAACUCGCUGGGAAGACAGGAACUGGAAUGCGAGUCACGUGGCUGGGACAUGCCUCAGUUAUGGUGGAAAUGGAUGAACUUACGUUUCUUACUGACCCCAUCUUCAGCCAGCGAGCUUCCCCUACUCAGCUGAUGGGUCCCAAGCGCUUCCGAGGACCUCCGUGCACAGUAGAGCAGCUCCCCAAAAUAGAUGCAGUCAUGAUCAGCCACAACCAUUAUGAUCAUUUGGACUACAACACCGUAAUGAGUUUAAACGAACGCUUUGGGAGUGAGCUGCGCUGGUUUGUGCCGCUGGGGCUCUUGGACUGGAUGCAGAGAUGUGGUUGUGAGAAUGUGAUUGAACUGGAUUGGUGGGAAGAGAACUGCGUCCCUGGUCACGAUGCGGUAACUUUUGUCUUCACUCCUUCUCAACAUUGGUGCAAAAGGACUGCGACAGAUGACAACAAGGUUCUCUGGGGCAGCUGGUCUGUCUUGGGACCUUGGAAUAGGUUUUUCUUUGCAGGAGAUACUGGAUAUUGUGUUGGUUUUGAACAGAUAGGUAAAAGGUUUGGACCUUUUGAUCUUGCAGCCAUCCCCAUUGGAGCUUAUGAGCCAAGGUGGUUUAUGAAAUACCAGCAUGUGGAUCCUGAGGAAGCAGUAAGAAUCCAUAUUGAUGUUCAAGCAAAGAAGUCUGUAGCAAUUCACUGGGGGACGUUUGCUUUAGCAAAUGAGUAUUACUUGGAUCCUCCAGUUAAACUGAACGAAGCUCUUGAAAGAUAUGGCUUGAAAAAAGAAGAUUUCUUUGUCUUAGACCAUGGAGAAUCACGGGACUUGAGUACAAAUGAUGGGUUUGAAUAAUGAAACAGCAGCAGUCCCUUUUAAGCUCUGAUUUGAACUAGCAACUAAUGUUACAAAUAUUAAUACGAUGUACUUACAAAGCAGGUUUUUUGGAGUGAAUUGGAUUUUUAGAUGUCAGGUUUGUCAGUUUGAGAACUAAAACCCGCAUACCAAUUUCAUU